AUGCAGCUCUCUACCUUCGCUACCAUCCUUGGCCUCGUUUGUGCCGCCAUUGCUGCCCCUCAGGGCCAUGAGGGCGGCGAUGACCACAGCCACGGCGGAGAACACCCCGCCGUCGAGCGCUUCUGCUGUGCCUACAACACCUACCCCCCUGGUGCUACCUACAAGCCCUCCGGCAGCCAGAACCCCAUGGGAUGUGCCAAGACGAACGGCGCAUGCGGUGUUGACUUCCCCGUUCCCUGGACCUGCCCCGUUCCUCCGGCGAUCGCGAUUGGCAGCAUCUUCGACACCCUUGGCGACACCAUCGCCAACGCCGUGCCCAUCUAA